AUGCUUGCUCUGCGGCCCCUCCUCUAUAGCCUGUCCCGGAAGGUCCGGGGGGGAUCAGGGCAUCGCUGUGUCAGUACCGGCUGGGCUCCUGUCGGUGCUGCUUUCAAUGUGAAACAACAGUGGAGGCUAGAUGUGUUCGGGAAGACGACGGGCCUGUUUGGAGUUCCCGAAUUAAGUUCUCCAGAAGGAUUCCAGAUAGUUCAAGAUAAUGCCCUGAGAAAGUCGGAGUCUCUUGUGGAGAAAGUGUGCGCUGCUCCUCCAAGUGCUGAGACUGUGAAGCUGUUUGACCAGCUAAGUGAUGAGCUGUGUAAAGUUGCUGAUCUGGCUGACUUUGUCAAGGUCGCUCACCCUGACUCCUCUUUCAAAGAUGCAGCUGAGGAAGCCUGCAGGAACAUAAGUACCAUGGUGGAAAAGUUGAAACACCAAUGUGGAGUUAUAUCAAAGUUUAAGAGAACUUCUAGAAAACAAAGCUGUUAUGGAUUCCUUGGAUCCUGAGACCAGGCGAGUGGCUGAAUUGUUCCUAUUUGAUUUCGAGAUCAGUGGAAUCCAUUUAGAUCGAGAGAAGCGUCAGAAGGCUGUCAACCUAAAUGUUGUCAUUGCAGACCUAAGCAGUGACUUCCUAUUCGGAUCCACCUUGCCUAAUAGAAUUGAGAUAAAUGCUAUACCUGAUCACAUUCGCUCUCACUUUGCCAGGGAUGGGAAGCACCUGCAAAUCGGUGGCUUGCAUGCAGAUUCUCCCAAUGAUCUGCUACGGGAAGCAGCCUACAAGAUUUUCCUUUACCCAAAUGCCAGGCAAUUGACAUGUUUGGAGGAAUUGCUCAGUAGUAGGAAUGAUUUGGCCCAGCUUGUUGGAUUCCCAACAUUUGUUCACAGAGCAUUGUUGGGGACCAUAGCUAAAACUCCAGAGACCGUAAUGUUAUUCCUUGAAAAAUUAUCCAGCAAAUUACGCCAGCGUACCUUGAAAGACUUUGAAAUGAUGGCAGAGAUGAAACUAAAGCUGAAUCCCACAAACCCCGGAAUUGAUGCCUUGGGACCCACCUUAUUAUGCAGGUGUUUUGCGUGCUGAGAGGUAUAAUAUAGAGCCAAGCUUAUAUUCACCAUUCUUCUCUCUUGGUGCCUGCAUGGAAGGAUUAAAUUCUCUUUUUAACCAACUCCUUGGCAUCUCUCUGUAUUCGGAGCAGCCAAAGAAGGGAGAAGUGUGGUCCGAAGAUAUCAGGAAGCUGGCGGUUGUACAUGAAAAUGAAGGCUUACUUGGUUAUAUUUAUUGCGACUUUUUUCAGCGGCCAGAAAAACCUCCACAGGACUGUCAUUUCACAAUUAGAGGAGGCCGGCUUAAAGAAGAUGGUGAAUAUCAGCUGCCUGUAGUGGUUCUCAUGCUUAAUUUCCCACAGUCCACCAAGAAUUUACCAACACUGCUAACUCCUGGUAUGAUGGAGAACCUCUUCCAUGAGAUGGGACAUGCCAUGCAUUCGAUGCUGGGCAGAACACGCUACCAGCAUGUCACUGGAACCAGAUGUGCUACAGAUUUUGCUGAAGUACCUUCUAUACUGAUGGAAUAUUUUGCUAGUGAUUAUCGGGUGGUAAACCAGUUUGCACGACAUUGCCAGACUGGACAGCCGUUAUCCAAACCAAUGGUAUCUCGUCUAUGCGAAUCUAAAAAGGUUGGUGCAGCUUCGGACAUGCAGCUUCAGGUUUUCUAUUCCAUGUUGGAUCAAGUAUAUCAUGGAGAGCACCCCCUCAAAAGCUCUACAACAGACAUUUUAAGGGAAACACAGGAGAAGUUUUAUGGAUUACCAUAUAUACCUCAUACAGCCUGGCAUCUGAGAUUUAGUCAUCUUGCUGGAUAUGGAGCCAAGUACUAUUCCUAUUUAAUGUCUCGGGCCGUUGCAUCCAUGGUGUGGAGACAGUGCUUCAUGAAAAACCCAUUUGACCGGGUGAUGGGAGAGCGCUAUCGCAGGGAGAUGCUGGCACAUGGUGGUGGAAAGGAGCCCAUGCUCAUGGUAGAAGGU